UUAUUUCAGAUGGUUACCCGCCUGCCUUUGUUAGGGUAGGAUCAAACAAUGGAACGCUGAAUGUUUCCUCUAUAGGCCCCAGAACAUGAGGAUGGAGGUUGCUAUGGUGGGUCUGUGCUCACCAUAUUUACGGCAUGAACAGAAUGCAGCGCCCAUUUCACCGGAAACCACAACCACUAUCGGCACACCCAGGACCUUACAGCUUGCGAUGUACGGAAAGUGGCGGCGUCCCUAAGGUCUUUCGAUCUGAUGGGGGAACAACGGCACGGUGGCUAAAAGCACGGAAUACUUGGGGGGAAAUAAUUAGAAGAGACCUUAGGAUAGCUCACUGAAACAAAAUAAUCUUCAGGAGUCAAGAAAAUACAUUUGGAUCUGUGUGUUGAAGCUGUGUACCUCUUGAGAAAUUGACCCACAACCAUUUUUAAAUACUGAGACCAUGAGGAAGUUUGGCAGAAACAUUGUCCUGAUAUUGGCUGCUGUGUACAUCAGCAUAACAAAUGGGGAAAUUGGCGCAAAAUGCACUAAUUCCCUUAAUUGUCCAGGUGAUGAAUCGUGUGUGGACCACCACUGUCACUGCUCAGACAUUGAAUAUUCAAAGUCACUUUACCCAGUGUGUAGUCAUUGGAGGUCUCAUAAUUUAUGUGGAUCUCUUGACGAUUGCGGGAGAAACUCUAAGUGUAUUAACUUUCAGUGUAUGUGUGAUGAGGGCUACUACCGGAUAGAUUCUUCCUGUCGUAAAGGACAAUUACAGCCAGUGAUGGGGAUCUGCAGAGAAGAAGGUCAAGCAGUAUGGUUAUGUGAUGUCAGCAAACAUUCUGUAUGCAUAAGUAACAUCUGUGUUUGUUCAAAGGGUUACGUCCCAACCUCAGAUGGAUUAUGCAAGCCACAGGAAUCAUACAUGAAGAAUUAUAGUCUCUCUGAAUAUCACGUCAAACCUGGAGAAUACUGCAGAGAUUCUGCAAAUUGUAUUGAAGGACUAGCAUGUGAGGGAUUUAAAUGCAGGUGUCCCACUACUUGUAGGUAUGACCAAAGAAAAGAAGUUUGUGACUGUGGGGAGGUUGAAUCGCAGGUAGGACCAAUUAUGAUUGGCGUUUUACUUGGCUUGAAUAUCAUUUUAUUCUGGGGCUAUACAAUCAAGAGAACCAUAAGGAAACACAAGGAAAUGAUGAGACAGUUUUCGUCUCUCCCAGCAGAUGAUAACUAGUAUGUGCCACCAGUUAGAAGGAGAUAAUAAUUGAAAACAUUACCUAAAUUUCUAUAGAUAAAUAUUCUUAAAUGCUACCACUCAGUAAAUAUAUAACUGGUUUGUUUCUUUUUGCAUAGGUGACCAGGAUUAACUUGUCCAUCCCCUGGUCACUAAUUUAUGGGUGUAUCCUGCAUGGCUGUUGAUAACACUUGAUAGCAAUCCACUUCUUUCAUUGAUUUAUAAGGUCUUUCAGUUCUUCACUCUGCUCUCCUCUAUAGUGAAUAUGCAAACAGUGUUUCCAUGUAAAGAUUUUCCAUUGACAUUCUUCUGCCACUUAGUAAUAAGUCUUAUGACAGGAGUUUGGAUGGAAUCCUCUCAAAACUGUGGGCAGAAAAUAAUGUUUAAAAAGGAAAGAUAUUGAUAGCUGAUAUUAAAUGCAUUGUAAACAGUAUCCAUUAAAGUUAAAUUUUGGACUGCA